AUGGAAGAACAGCAGCCGGAACCUAAAAGUCAGCGCGACUCGGGCCUCGGCGCGGCGGCGGUGGCGGCGGCCCCGGGCAGCCUGAGCCUGAGCCUGAGCCCCGGCGCCAGCGGCAGCAGCGGCAGCGAUGGAGACAGCGUGCCGGUGUCCCCGCAGCCCGCGCCCCCCUCGCCGCCCGCGGCGCCCUGCCUGCCGCCCCUGGCCCACCACCCGCACCUCCCCCCGCACCCCCCGCCCCCGCCGCCGCCGCCGCCGCCGCCGCCGCAGCAUCUCGCGGCGCCUGCUCACCAGCCGCAGCCCGCGGCCCAGCUGCACCGCACCACCAACUUUUUCAUCGACAACAUCCUGAGGCCGGACUUCGGCUGCAAAAAAGAGCAGCCGCCGCCGCAGCUCCUGGUGGCGGCGGCGGCCGGAGGAGGCGCGGGAGGAGGCCGGGUCGAGCGUGACCGAGGCCAGACCGGCGCAGGUAGAGACCCUGUCCACCCGCUGGGCACGCGGGCGCCAGGCGCCGCCUCGCUCCUGUGCGCCCCGGACGUGAACUGUGGCCCACCCGACGGCUCUCCGCCAGCCGCCGGCGGCGGUGCGGGUGCGUCCAAAGCCGGGAACCCCGCGGCGGCGGCGGCGGCGGCGGCAGCCGUGGCAGCGGCGGCGGCGGCAGCGGCGGCCAAGCCUUCGGACAGCGGCGGCGGCGGCGGCAGUGGAGGCGGCGUGGGGAGCCCUGGUGCGCCGGGUGCCAAGUACCCGGAGCACGGCAACCCCGCCAUCCUGCUUAUGGGCUCAGCCAACGGCGGGCCCGUGGUCAAAACUGACUCGCAGCAGCCCCUCGUUUGGCCGGCCUGGGUGUACUGCACGCGUUACUCGGAUCGUCCGUCCUCCGGUCCGCGCACCAGGAAGCUGAAGAAGAAGAAGAACGAGAAGGAGGACAAGCGGCCGCGGACGGCGUUCACGGCCGAGCAGCUGCAGAGACUCAAGGCGGAGUUCCAGGCGAACCGCUACAUCACGGAGCAGCGGCGGCAGACCCUGGCCCAGGAGCUCAGCCUCAACGAGUCCCAGAUCAAGAUCUGGUUCCAGAACAAGCGCGCCAAGAUCAAGAAAGCCACAGGCAUCAAGAACGGCCUGGCGCUGCACCUCAUGGCGCAGGGACUGUACAACCACUCCACCACCACGGUCCAGGACAAAGACGAGAGCGAGUAG